AUGCCUUCCUCUUUCCAGUCUCAGACCUUCUCUUCUACCAGCAGCUCCAUCAACGGACGAACCACAUCCUACACACAAUCCACACAGAGCGACAACACAGGCACCCGCGUGCACCAGACGAGCCAACAGCCCGGACAGGCGGUGCGCGAGGAGCGGUUCGAGAUCGACAACAGCGGGAGGAGGAUUGCGGAAGGUUCGACGAGUGGCAGUAACCAGGGCAGAAUCGAAGAUGUGACGGAUGAGCAGCAGAAGGAGAACGAUAGGCUGUAUGAGGAGAGGAUGGAGGACGAGUACGCGAAGAGGGAGGGUGGCGCCUGA